AAUUGUGGGAAGGUUCAUUAGAUUUAGUUAAGACUCUGAACUCUGAGAUGCAAAGCGGGCAAUUAUCAUUGGCUGGAAAAAGAGUUUUAGAGCUUGGUUGUGGUCAUGGUCUUCCUGGUAUCUUCACCUGCCUUAAGGGUGCUUGUGCUGUACACUUUCAGGACUUCAACGCCGAGGUGCUGCAAUGCCUAACAAUUCCAAAUGUCAAUGCCAAUAUUCAACAAAACUUGUCAGCCACAGAUGACAAUAAUAGCCCCGAAGUUCGCUUCUUUGCAAGUGAUUGGAACGAAGCUCAUCAGAUUCUUCCUCAUGUGCCCGCUGAUGACAGUGACACAAAAAACAGCCAAACAGUUGAUGAGGCUGCCGGUUAUGAUAUAAUUUUAAUGGCAGAGACAGUUUACUCAGUUUCUACUCUACCUGGUCUAUACAAACUUGUUAAAAAGUGUUUACGUAGUUCUCAUGGAGUUGUAUAUCUAGCUGCAAAGAAGUAUUAUUUUGGUGUCGGUGGUGGAUCAAGGCGAUUUAUUUCCAUAGUGGAGAAAGACGGUAUAUUAGCAGCUUCACUGGUUGCUGAGGUUACAGAUGGUUCCUCUAAUUUAAGAGAAGUAUGGAAGCUCCACUUCAAGUGAAAUUUUUUCAAUAGGCUGUAAAAUGGGGAAUCAAGAUCAAGAUUUGUAUGAAAGUGAAUUGGGAAUUGUUAUUUUUAACAUAGAAAACUAAAUUGUGUUGUAUCAUUCAUAAACUAAUUUAAGGUAAGACUUUCUUGCCUUAAAAUUUUAAUUAGGUGACGAGAAAUUAUGGCUUACAGU